GGGAGCGGCGGCGCAACUCAGGCCGGCUGGUCCUAGAUGAAGGACGUUCUAGCCGACCCCCUACUCGAUGGUAGGGCCCUCCGCAGUCCGGCCUCCGGGCGCCGCCAUGUUGGAGCCUCAGUACAGGAGCCAUGACUGCGAGCGAACGACCGGCAGCCGGACCCGGGCCAGCUCCGCUGAGCACAUGCUGGAGGUGCGGCCGGGGCUGUUCCUGGGUGGAGCUGCGGCAGUCGUGGAGCCGGACCACCUGAGGGAGGCGGGCAUCACGGCCGUGCUGACGGUGGACUCGGAGGAGCCCGACUUCAACACGGGGCCUGGGGUCGAGGGUCUACGGAGUCUCUUCGUGCCAGCGCUGGACAAACCCGAGACCGACCUGCUUAGCCAUCUGGACCGGUGCAUGGCCUUCCUCGGCCAGGCCCGCGCCGAGGGCCGCGCGGUGCUGGUGCAUUGUCACGCAGGGGUCAGUCGAAGUGUGGCUGUAAUGACUGCUUUUAUGAUGAAGACUGACCAACUUACCUUUGAAAAAGCCUAUGAAAACCUUAAGACUAUCAAACCAGAGGCUAAGAUGAAUGAGGGGUUUGAGUGGCAACUGAGAUUAUACCAGGCAAUGGGAUGUGAAGUAGAUACCUCUAGUGCAGUUUAUAAACAGUAUCGUUUACAAAAGGUUACAGAGAAGUAUCCAGAAUUGCAGAACUUACCUCAAGAACUCUUUGCUGUUGACCCAUCCGCCAUUACACAAGGAUUGAAAGAUGGGGUUCUCUACAAAUGUAGAAAAUGCAGGCGAUCUUUAUUUCGAAGUUCUAGCAUUUUGGAUCAUAAUGAAGGAAGUGGUCCUAUAGCCUUUGCCCACAAGAGAAUGACACCAUCCCUCAUGCUUACUACAGGGAGUCAGGCUCAAUGUACAUCUUAUUUCAUUGAACCUGUGCAGUGGAUGGAAUCCACUUUGUUGGGAGUGAUGGAUGGACAGCUUCUUUGCCCCAAAUGCAAUGCCAAGUUGGGUUCUUUCAACUGGUAUGGUGAACAGUGCUCAUGUGGUAGAUGGAUAACACCUGCUUUUCAAAUACAUAAGAACAGAGUGGAUGAAAUGAAAAUGCUGCCAGUUUGGGGAUCACAAACAAGAAAAAUAUAAACUUGUGACAUUUGAUAACUUGCUGAUGAUAUGUGCUACCCUUGCUUAUUGUCAUUCACGGCAGAUUGUUUAGUUUUUAGGCCAUUAACAUUUCAUUUGAAAUAUGAGAAGAUAAAAAUCACUUGAUGUGACUUAGAAACUAUACUUUGUCAGCUUCUUACACUAUUUAAGUAGAAUGGAAAUCGAAACUUUUUAAUCAUGUAAAUUACACUUUAUUUGAUAUUAAGAUCUUCUAUAACCCAGAUACUUUCUUUAUUUCAUAUAUAUUUAAAAGUUGUGAUUUUUGGAAUGUUAGUUAUGUAAUCUUAAGGUCUAGAUGGACAAAAUUAUGUAUAAAAAUUAGAAACUGUCAUGUUUAAGUGACAUUCUUUUAUUUCUAGAAAUGUAAAGCAGAUUUGUUUGGACAUAUUUUGACAUUUCUCUUUCUCUCUUUUAAGGGACAUUAGUAAAGCUACAUUAGUCUGGGUUUUUCUUGGAAAUGUAGAAGAAAAGGACAUCAGUAAAACCCUGACUAAAAUGUGGUUUUCCUAUGAUACUUUUUGAAGUAAUCUACUUAAAGAAAUGUAUUAAUGUUAGGUAUAUUUCUAAUGAUGAAGAAAAUUAUAUGUGGAGUAACUACAUAUCAAUCACCAUUUUUAGCCCGAUGUGUUGAGUAUUGGAAAAGGUAAUAUGUCCAGAUUAGCUUUUUAAUGUGAUCUCUGGAGACUGGAAUUUAUUUUACUCAUUGAUAAUAGUUAGAAUUAUACCUAAUUAGAUACUGGAACAUUUACAUGAAAUCAGAAUUAGCUAAUAAAGAGAAAUAUAGUCCAUGUUCUUAAUACGUUUUUCAUAUUUACACAUGUAAGUGUAUAUGUACAUAAACACCACAAAGGGAGUUAUUUUAAAUGUGAAUCAUGAUCCUCUUUAAAAGUGUGGGAGUGUUAUAGAUGAUUCUUGAGAAUAUCUCAGCAUAGGACCUGAAGCCUUUGGCAGCUUUCGUAUAAUAAAUUUUUCUUAGGAGAAAAAAUUUCUCCAUUUCUGUCUUAGCUUUCACAAUAUCUGUUUACUUCUUUACUUUGUAAUGUUAUACUCCAGAAAGCUUUUUAAAAAC